UAAAAUUCGCCAUUGAAGUCGAGACGUAACCUUUUCUCGAAGAGCGGAAGUUUAGUGAGAGAGAGAUUCACAUCGAAUCGAGAACGAGAAGAUGGUUUCUGGGUCAGGGAUAUGCGCGAAGCGUGUCGUCGUCGACGCGAGGCACCACAUGUUGGGCCGUCUUGCUUCGAUUAUCGCCAAGGAAUUGCUCAAUGGACAGAAAGUUGUGGUGGUUCGAUGCGAGGAGAUUUGUCUCUCAGGUGGGCUUGUUCGCCAGAAGAUGAAGUACAUGAGGUUUCUCAGGAAACGCAUGAACACUAAACCUUCUCAUGGUCCUAUUCACUUCCGUGCUCCGUCUAAGAUCUUCUGGCGUACCGUUCGUGGGAUGAUUCCUCACAAGACCAAGCGUGGAGCUGCUGCUCUGGACCGCUUGAAGGUUUUUGAGGGAGUCCCUCCUCCUUACGACAAGGUCAAGAGGAUGGUUAUUCCUGAUGCUCUCAAGGUUUUGAGGCUCCAGGCUGGUCACAAGUACUGCUUGUUGGGUCGUCUGUCUUCUGAAGUUGGCUGGAACCAUUACGAUACCAUUAAGGAGCUUGAGGUUAAAAGAAAGGAGAGGUCACAGGCUGUGUAUGAGCGUAAGAAGCAGCUCAUCAAGCUCAGGACUAAGGCAGAGAAGGUUGCAGACGAGAAACUUGGAUCCCAGCUCGAUGUUCUUGCACCAAUUAAGUACUGAAAAUCUGCAUCUAUCUUUUUGUUUAAUCCUUGCUUUGGAGCUCGUCUUGAUUCUACCUUUGAAUUCGGGUUUUGAUUUUGGUAGCAUUGUAGACUUCUUAAACAUUGGAAAGAGUAAACAUUUUGGUAUUUUGAUUGUUCUAUACAAUCCGUUAUGGUUCUUGUGUUAAUCUAUUCAGCUUCUUGUUUUUGUUUA